AUGGCCUCAGAAAUAUGUCAGCAGGGUGGGUCUGUGGCCGUGUGUGUGGGUGUCAUAUGUCAACCCGUUCCCCGUGCUGGGUCGUGACUGCUGAGGGGCAUGUGAGGGCUGUCAUGUGAUCAAGCGACGGCCUCAACCUGACAUAGACACUGCCAGAGCAGGAGCCUGCCAGCCUCUCAGGCAGCUGUCCAAUAAUAGUAUGGCCAGGCUGAGUGAUAUGUCACUGUUAGUACUGUAUGGUAUACUGUACAAUAGAUACAGAUAACUGCCUAAAUAAAGGAAACACUUGAGUAAAUGAAGGAUACAAAGUAUAUUGUAAGCAGGUGGAUCCACACCGGUGUGGUUCCUGAGUUAAUUAACCAAUUAUCAUCCCAUCAUGCUUAGGGUCAUGUAUAAAAAUGCCCAGUUGCCCAUUAUUUUGGCUACCAUGGCUAGAAGAAGAGAUCUCAGAGACUUUGAAAGAGGGGUCUCUAAGGAGCAUAGGGGGUUUAAAGGGUGUGUGUGUGCGUGCGUGUGUGCGUGCGUGCGUCAGUCACCAGAUCUCAAACCAAUUGAAAACUUAUGGGAGCGGAAUGGCGCCUAAGACAGCGUUUUCCACCACCAUCAACAAAACACCAAAUGAUGGAAUUUCUCGUGGAAGAAUGGUGUCACAUCCCUCCAAUAGAGUUCCAGACACUUGUAGAAUCUAUAAUGCGCAUCAAAGCUGUUCUGAAGGCUUGUUGGGGCCUAACGCCAUAUUAAGACACUUUAUGUUGGCGUUUCCUUUAUUUUGUCAGUUAUCAGUAUCUCUUCACUGAUUUAUGAUAUGAUACACAUCGUCAAGGCUGGGGAAUGGCACAGUGGUAGUGGUAGUAGUACAUGAAGCUAGGAAUAGAGGAAGAAAGGAUUUAUAACUAUAUUCCACUCUAUUGUUAAUUGGCAGAAUGUAAAUGUUCUUCACAUUUAUUUGAUUUGAUUUUAAACAAAUCUGAACCAGCUUUGGAUACAUUAUUUAGGUAUUUGAAGAUGUUCUCUGUGACUGUGUGUUGGUCCAACCCGUUGUGUUGGUCCACCCGCUUACCCUGCGGUGAUCCGCUGAAAUCAAUUUAUUGCUGUUCUUUAGGGACAGGGUGGGGUGGAUAUUUUCAUUAUUUUCUUGGCAGGUUUCCAGGCCCUGGCAGCACUUAACCACACACGUUGUGAAUGGAAAAUCCCAUCUGUAAGCUCAACUCAGAUGAUUCAUCUGGAUGAAUGAAGUAUUAUUGACCCAUCAGCUCUGCUGAUGAUAAAGUAAUCAAUAUUCUUCUGAAAAGCAAAAUAUCUUGGGGAGCCACUCCACUAUUACAGUAUCAUGUGACAAGCACAUAAUCUAUUGAAAUUGUACAGUAUAUCUCAAUCAGAAAGGCCUCAAUUGAGUUGAGAUUGCCUGUGAACAUAGAAACAGCAUUACAGGAGAUGUCUAGGGAAACUCCAUGUAUAAAUGACAGGCCUGUGUAGACCAGUGUUAACUGUUAAUCCUUUCUCUGGUCCUUGUCUUUCCUCCACAGUGUCCGGCCUCUCGUCUUCCCCCACCCCACCCAGCACCCCCACCCAGGCCCCCAGCCAGCCCAUGCUGUUCCCCCAGGAGGUCCAUCGGAGUGCCCCUGAACGCCUGGACCACUCCCUCUCAUCACCCUCCACUGCCAAGCCCCCCAUGCCCUCCUCUUCUCCGAUACCCUACUCCUUCCCAUUGCCCCAAGCUACCUCACAGCCAGUGAGUGAUACCUCUUCCUACCUACUACACCAACUGCUGGUUUACUCUGUUUGUUAGUGUCAGUGAUAAUUGAUUGUGCAGUGAAGCAAUAUUGCAGGGUUGCCAAAAGUGGUGUAAGGGGGAAGCUGAUGUGAUUUUCUGAGAAGGCCCCCUUUUUCAGAUUUUCUGAGAAGGCCCCCCCCCCCCCCCCCAGCUAUUAAAAAACAUUUGGAGCAUUUUUUAGCAGACAUCAAAGGAUCUGAGCUUCCUUAAAAAUAAUAGCCUUUGCUGAGCCUUUUUAAAAACCAUGGAGGUGUUAUUUUUCCACUGCAGCUUAUGGUCAAUCACCAGCCCAAGAUAUUUGUACGAGUCCACCCUUUCGACAGGAAAAGUUAAAGAACAUAAUGCGGUCUGCAGUCCCUGCUCUCUCCAAGUGCUCAUAUGCUUUGUGCACUAUGAACAGCAGUGCAUCUUCCACACCUAUCUUGGCCUGGUAGGCAAACUGCAGGGAGUCAAGAAACCCCUGCACCUGCUGCUUUAGUUGCGCCAGGACCACUCUCUCAAACACCUUCAUCAGCUGGGAAGUGAGUGCAACAGACCUGACGUUGUUUAGGCCCUGCCCCUUGGCGGUUUUUUGGGAACAGGUACAAUGCAGGAGGAUUUCCACUGUGUAGGUGUAGGUACAGUAGAAGUAGACAGUGACUGUAUUUGUAUUUAUUAUGGAUCCCCAUUAGCUGUUGCUAAGGCAGCAGCUACUCUUCCUGGGGUCCAGCAAAAUUAAGGCAGGUAUAUAAAAAACAUUUCAAUACAUUUCACAGAUUUCACAACACAUUGUGUGCCCUCAGGCCACUACUCUACUACCACAUAUCUACAACACUAAAUAAUUGUGUACGUGUGUGUAUAGUGCGUAUAUUAACAUGUGUGUGUGAAUGCGUGUGUCUGUGCCUGUGUGUGUGUCUCUUCAUAGUCCCCGCUGUUCACAUAAAGCCAGGUGGACACUACACAACACUUGUGAACUUCAGAGAUGUAACCAUUUGACACUUUGGCUUUGGUUGAAGGCAAUUACAAACGCAUACUAGUAGUAGUCAUCGCUCCUGCUCGAGAGUCUAAACAUUCUGGGUGAACAUUCCGUUCUCAAAACGUGUCGUUGCACAUCUCACACUACAAGAGCAUUGCAGAUUUUGAGCCGAUAAAGCAUCUGGGACUGCUCAAAGAUGUUGUGCGUCUUUGACCCCGCUCACAUUAAACGAGCGUCGGUGACAGCCAUGUAGUCAUGGCUCUAUAUAGUACUGUGCGCCUCCCAUAGUCUGUUCUGGACUUGGGGACUGUGAAGAGACCUCUGGUGGCAUGUCUUGUGGGGUAUGCAUGGGUGAGUGAGCUGUGUGCUAGUAGUUUAAACAGACAGCUCCGUGCAUUCAACAUGUUAAUACAGUGAGGAAAAAAGUAUUUGAUCCCCUGCUGAUUUUGUACGUUUGCCCAAUGACAAAGAGAUGAUCAGUCUAUAAUUUUAAUGGUAGGUUUAUUUGAACAGUGAGAGACAGAAUAACAACAACAAAAUCCAGAAAUACGCAUGUCAAAAAUGUUAUAAAUUGAUUUGCAUUUUAAUGAGGGAAAUAAGUAUUUGACCCCCUCUCAAUCAGAAAGAUUUCUGGCUCCCAGGUGUCUUUUAUACAGGUAACGAGCUGAGAUUAGGAGCACACUCUUAAAGGGAGUGCUCCUAAUCUCAGUUUGUUACCUGUAUAAAAGACACCUGUCCACAGAAGCAAUCAAUCAGAUUCCAAAAACUCCACCAUGGCCAAGACCAAAGAGCUCUCCAAGGAUGUCAGGGACAAGAUUGUAGACCUACACAAGGCUGGAAUGGGCUACAAGACCAUCGCCAAGCAGCUUGGUGAGAAGGUGACAACAGUUGGUGCGAUUAUUCGCAAAUGGAAGAAACACAAAAUAACUGUCAAUCUCCCUCUGCCUGGGGCUCCAUGCAAGAUCUCACCUAGUGGAGUUGCAAUGAUCAUGAGAAUGGUGAGGAAUCAGCCCAGAACUACACGGGAGGAUCUUGUCAAUGAUCUCAAGGCAGCUGGGACCAUAGUCACCAAGAAAACAAUUGGUAACACACUACGCCGUGAAGGACUGAAAUCCUGCAGCGCCCGCAACGUCCCCCUGCUCAAGAAAGCACAUAUAUAGGGCCGUCUGAAGUUUGCCAAUGAACAUCUGAAUGAUUCAGAGGAGAACUGGGUGAAAGUGUUGUGGUCAGAUGAGACCAAAAUCGAGCUCUUUGGCAUCAACUCAACUCACCAUGUUUGGAGAAGGAGGAAUGCUGCCUAUGACCCCAAGAACACCAUCCCCACCGUCAAACAUGGAGGUGGAAACAUUAUGCUUUGGGGGUGUUUUUCUGCUAAGGGGACAGGACAACUUCACCGCAUCAAAGGCACGAUGGACGGGGCCAUGUACCGUCAAAUCUUCCCUCAGCCAGGGCAUUGAAAAUGGGUCGUGGAUGGGUAUUCCAGCAUGAAAAUGACCCAAAACACAUAGCCAAGGCAACAAAGGAGUGGCUCAAGAAGAAGCACAUUAAGGUCCUGGAGUGGCCUAGCCAUAGAAAAUCUGUGGAGGGAGCUGAAGGUUCGAGUUGCCAAACGUCAGCCUCGAAACCUUAAUGACUUGGAGAAGAUCUGCAAAGAGGAGUGGGACAAAAUCCCUCCUGAGAUGUAUGCAAACCUGGUGGCCAACUACAAGAAAUGUCUGACCUCUGUAAUUGCCAACAAGGGUUUUGCCACCAAGUACUAAGGCAUGUUUUGCAGAGGGGUCAAAUACUUAUUUCCCUCAUUAAAAUGCAAAUCAAUUUAUAAUAUUUUUGACAUGCGUUUUUCAGGAUUUUUUUGUUGUUAUUCUGUCUCUCACUGUUCAAAUAAACCUACCAUUAAAAUUAUAGACUGAUCAUGUCUUUGUCAGUGGGCAAACGUACAAAAUCAGCAGGGGAUCAAAUACUUUCCCUCACUGUACUUCUCACAAAUACAAGUAGUGAUGAAGUCAAGCUCUCCUCUACUUUGAGCCAGGAGAGAUUGACUUGCAUAUUAUUAAUGUUAGUUCUCUGUGUACAUUUAAGUGCCAGCCGUGCUGCUCUGUUCUGGGCCAAUUGUAAUUUUCCUAAGACCCUCUUUGUGGCGACAAAACUAAGGCCUGUAGGACCUGCCUUGUUGAUAGCAUUGUUAAGAAGGAAGAGCAGCCCUUUUAUUAUGGACAGACCUCUCCCCAUUUUAGCUACUUGUCUGUUUUGACCAUGACAGUUUAUAAUCCAGGCAGUUUAGUCUCCUCGACUUGCUCAAUUUCCACAUUAUUCAUUACAUUACAAGAUUUAGUUGAGGUUUAGGGUUUAGUGAAUGACUUGUCCCAAAUACAAUGCGUGUAGUUUUUGAAAUAUUUAGGACUAAGUUAUUUCUUGCCACCCAUUCUGAAACUGACUGCAGCUCUUUGUUAAGCGUUGCAGUGAUUUCACUUGCUGUGGUAGCUGACUUUGGAUGGUGUAUCAAUAAUCCCAGUCAUUACAAAGAUACAGGCGUCCUUCCUAACUCAGUUGCCAGAGAGGAAGGAAACCGCUCAAGGAUUUCACCAUGAGGCCAAUGGUGACUUUAAAACAGUUAGAGAGUUUGGCUGUGAUAGGAGAAUAACUGAGGAUGGAUGAACAACAUUGUAGUUACUCCACAAUCCUAACCCAAAUUACAGAGUGAAAAGAAGGAAGCCUGUACAGAAUCAAAACAUGCAUCCUGUUUGCAAUAAGGCACUAAAGUAAAACUGCAAAAAAAUGUGGCAAAGAAAUAAACGUUAUGUCCUGAAUACAAUGCAUUAUGUUUGGGACAAAUCACAUCACUGAGUACCAGACUUCAUAUUUCCAAGCAUGGUGGUGGCUGCAUCAUGUUAUGGGUAUGCUUGUCAUCGGCAAGGACAAGGGAGUUUUUUUUAGGAUAAAAAUAAACUGAAUCGAGCUAAGCACAGGCAAAGUCCUAGAGGCUAACCUGGUUCAGUCUGCUUUCCAACAGACACUGGGAAACAAAUUCACCUUUCAGCAGGACAUUAACCUAAAACUCAAGGCCAAAUAUACACUGGAGUUGCUUACCAAGACGACAUUGAAUGUUCCUGAUUGGCCUGGUUACAGUUUUGACUUAAAUCAUCUUGAAAUUCUAUGGCAAGAUUUGGAAAUUGCUGUCUAGCAAUUAUCAACAACCAACUUGACAGAGCUUGAAGAGCAAAUAUUGUACAAUUCACGUGUGCAAAGCUCUUACCCAGAAAGACUCACAGUUGUAAUCGCUGCCAAAGGUGAUUCUAACCUGUAUUGACUCAGUGGUGUGAAUACUUAUGUAAAUUUGAUAUUUCUGUAUUUCAUUUUCAAUACAUUUGCUAAAAUUUUAAAAACUUGUUUUCACUUUGCCAUUAUGGGGUAUUGUGUGUAGAUGGGUGGGAAAAAAAUAUUGAAUCGAUUUUGAAUUCAGGCUGUAACACAACAAAAUGUGGAAUAAGUCGAGGGGUAUGAAUACUUUCAGAAGGCACUGUAUUUCUCUCUCUCUCUCUCAAUUUCAAUUGCAAUUUAAGGGCUUUAUUGGCAUGGAAAAUGUGUGUUAACAUUGCCAAAGCAAGUGAAGUAGAUAGUAAACAAAAGUGAAAUAAACAAUAAAUAUUAACAGUAAACUCUCUCUCUCUCAACACACACCAGGCUCUCCUCUUACCAAAUCAAAGGAAUUACUUCUCUGCCAAAUCCAAUCUGGAAGCGUGUUAAUGAAACAGCCCAUCAUCUCGAUUUUACAGCCCCAUGUUUACCUACAGCACGUUCCUGUCCCUGUUCCCUGUGGCAGUGCAGCAGCAGCAGAUUGGGAUGGGAUUCAUGCCCAUGCUGAUGCGGCUUUAGACGGGCUAGAUUUAUGACAGUGCAGUAGUGGUGUUGGCUGAAAAAUUGCUGUCACCAUGCGGUAUAGGGUGACUGGGGGGUUGGUUGGGCAAAAGCUGAAGAACAUACGCACAUCCAGGUAUUUUCCGCAGGUGCUUGGGUGGUAGGCAAAUUCAUGAAAAACUGAAGGGUCUAAUCAAGGGGCUAGGGGAGAUAAAAAUACAUGUAAAUAAAUCCUCAUAUGCUACAAAGAGCACAAUAUGGCUUGGCUCGUGGUACGUGCCAUGAUGAAGUGUUUUGUAGGAUAGGGAAGAAGGCAACUUACCUCAUUGACAUUUGCAUGUUAUCGCUGUACACAGAUUUAAUUUUGUUAUAGGAUAAAUUUGCUGCAGCACAGCCUCUGUCUCUGCACUGUGUCUUAGUCAUUGUGCAGUAGCCAGCCUACUUCAUCACAUUCAUCCCUUGCCAUAUAGAUUUUUCUAUGCACUAUCCAUAUACGUAAAUAAUUCAGUAUUGUGCAAAUUGUUGCAUUUUUAUGUCCUGCAAAAAAAAAGUUAUGGGCAUAGAGAAGGACAGGGAAUCCUUGGCUUCUGGCUGCUUGGCAACAUAAGGGAUUUCCUAAUAUGGUGAAAAGCCUUGGUUGUUUCGCAUGGAGGGUUCUAGUGCGUGAUCAUAAUAAUAAAUGAAACUUUAACGAAGUCCCCUGUCGUUCACAAUCCACAGAAUGCGCAGAAAAACAUCUGCUUGCGAGCAGAUACUGUCACGCGUAGCCUAUGUCAGUCUGUUUUUUUUAUUAUUAUUAUGUUUUUGCUUCGUUUUUUAUCCGUAGGAGUUGUUCACUCCUCUGUUUUAGUCUAUAGUAUGAUCCUACUGUAGGCAUUGGCUGCAUUGAUUGCAGCAAAAUACAUUUAGGAAUGUUCCACUAUUACAGAUUUAAGGGGUGUGUAGUCUAAUAAUAAUGUGCCAUUACAGUUACUGGCAGGCACAGAGCUCCGGAUAUGAAUUGCCAAUAGUCUACAGUAGAAACUUGGACAAGGGCAGUUGAAUGAGUUGCGCGCAGUGCGUAUUUUGUCAUUGUCAAACAGACGGGGCUUGCUUUUCUUAUUGUUGGCUUUGCGCAAGGACAUUUAGCCUACUUGUCAGUCUCUCAAAAAGAUAGUUGAUUUUGUCAUGGUGUAAAGUGCCAGCAGUUAUUGAAUGUACCUUGUUAUUUUAAUCUUAACUUUGGCAAACGGCGAGUAGUGCGACUGAUGUCAUAUUGUGGUAGAUUUGGAGCGCGUUCUUGACUUCAUCUGUCUCUUAUUCUUACAGAAUUUCUACGGUUUAUUCGAAGGCAUGCUGGAGAAACUUGAACUAGACGAUGAUGGUGUUGGUAAGUGCAUUUUACUUAGUAGGCUAGUCUACAUUUUGAUUUUACUUGGUGUUACAUAGCCAUUUAUUUGACGUUUUUGCUAUUUAUCCGCAUAUAGUUGAAGACCAGGCUGAAUAUGGAAUGCAGAAUGCUGAUUUGUAAAUUGCUGGUGUAAUGAUGUUUACAUAUCUUGCAUUACUCAUCUCAUAUGUAUAUACUGUAUUCUAUAAUAUUCUACUGUAUCUUAGUCCAUGCCGCUCUGUCAUUGCUUGUCCAUAUAUGUAUAUAUUCUUAAAUUCCAUUCCUUACUUAGAUGUGUGUGUAUUGGGUAUAUGUUGUGAAAUCGUUAGAUAUUACUUGUUGGAUAUUACUGCACUGUUGGAGCUAGAAGCACAAGCAUUUCUCUACACCCGCAAUAACACCUGCUAAACACGUGUAUGUGACAAAUAACAUUUUAUUUUGAAUUGUAAUGGUGACACCAGUUGCUAUUCACGGAAUAUGAUGCUCCAUAUGAUACAUUAUUCCGGUUUUGCUUCUUUUACCAAGACAAAAAGUGUCAUCCUGAUCGCAAAAUCACAAUCCUUCACAUUUAAGUCUUAUGCAGGAUUUGUUUUGAUCAUAACCCAAUUAUUGCCUGGUGAUAGCGCAAAGCCUUGUGCAGUCCUGUCGUCGCACGCUGUUGGAAUAAGGGAUUCCCCCAGCCCAAGAGGUGGCAUCAUUGGUUCAGUAUGAAUAGUGAGAUUAUUCGAUAUACACAUUUAGUGUGAAUAUUUGUGUGUCUGUCUUUACAGCUGCUGAACCAGACAGCGAUAUUUACAUGCGCUUUAUGAAGUCCCAUAGCUGCUAUGACAUCGUUCCCACCAGCUCCAAGCUGGUUGUGUUUGACACGGGACUGCAAGUAAGUAAGCCCAGCUCCUCCACAUGACUACACUUUGACAUCAUGAUGGAGGGACCAUAUUCAAAAAGCACUUUUUUGCCUUUUAGAUCAUAAUGGAUAAGAUUACAUGGACAGGGGGGACCUGAUCUUAGAUCAGCAACCUGAGACACUUUCUGGUCCAGACAGACACACAGGGUUGGGAAUUCAGACUAUGUGUAAAUAACUUUGAGUAGGCCUGACUAUAACCUAACUUUGACCAUCAGUGUAGCAUUUGUUUGUCUUAUUAGGUUUGUCCAGUGAGGGACAUUCUUAUGGUUAUUGAAGUGCCUCCUUGGUCUGAAAGGCACUGAGAAUGGUUUGGUUAAUGUUCCAUGAGGAGAGCAGUGCUAUUGCUAGUGCUAAUGAUUUGCCUCAUAAACGGUUAAACAGUAAUCAGCCACCGAAUCUAUUAAACUCAAGGUUUUAGUUCCCUUAUCUGAGUAUGAAACCCCUAAAACCAGAAUACUUUUGUGUAUGAUUUUGGAUUUCAAUUUUACACUUCACAUUUUUACAAUAUGUACAAUACCACCUUCAGAACCUUGCCAUCCAUGUGUUUUUGUAUGUGAUUGUGGUCCUUUCUCACAGGUAAAGAAGGCAUUCUUUGCCUUAGUGGCCAAUGGGGUGCGUGCUGCCCCACUAUGGGACUCAGAGAGGCAGUGUUUUGUGGGUAAGAAACACCCUUUGUGUAUGACAUACAUUCACAUGAAAUGCAUUCACGCUUAAUGCAUUCGCUGAUGCAAACACCUAUAUCCACCAAUGAAUGCAUAUCAGGGCCGUAGCCAGGGUCUGAGUUUUAGUCAGGUCCGGGAAGAAAGUUGAAGCUAAUUUAAUGCAUUUCUAUACACUUUAAACUCUAAAAUGUUAUUUGAAGAACAGCAAAAACAAGCAAAACUCCAGCCAUUAUCACAUUGGUUGCUGUAGCUUCAUUCAACUCAGUCAAUCUAUAAACACAUAGCCUAUUAGCUAUACAGUUAGCCACUACACAUUAUAUCAUAUUAACUCAGCACCAGGAUUACAGCUUUACAGCUUAUUUCCUACAAUUCUACACAUAUGGGCUCCCGAGUGGCUUCCGAGUGGCGCAGCGGUCUAAGGCACUGCAUCUCAGUGCUUGAGGCAUUACUACAGACCCCCUAGUUCGAUUCCAGGCUGUAUCACAACCGGCCGUGAUUGGGAGUCCCAUAGGGCGGCGCACAAUUGGCCCAGCGUCAUCCGGGUUUGGCCGGUGUAGGCCGUCAUUGUAAAUAAGAAUUUGUUCUUAACUGACUUGCCUAGUUAAAUAAAGGUUAAAUAAAAAUAAAAUAAAUAAAAAAUUGCCAUGACUUAUGCCUCGUUAAUAUGACAUCUGAGUGAGAGUGACUAACAAAAUCAAUGGGGUCCCUGUGGGCCCGGUCGGUAAUUCGGCCAUGAUUUCUAGAAGUUUAGAUAGCUGGCUAGACUGACUAACUAGACUAAUUUACCAAUCAAAUUUUUUUUACUGACAUGGGCUACUUGAGUGACUGUCAGUGAGUGACAUAACAAGAGGAAAACUGCUGAUGCACAACCAAGUUUUGAAAUUGCACCUUGUGUAUUCUACUAUUCUAACUCUCAAGUUAAGACCCCGACUGAGUUCCUAUUUUUUUUAUAUAUAUACAGUACCAGUCAAAAGUUUGGACACACCUACUCAUUCAAGGGUUUUUCUUUAUUUUUACUAUUUUCUACAUUAAACAAUAAUAGUGAAGACAUCAAAACUAUGAAAUAACACAUAUGGAAUCAUGUAGUAACCAAAAAGUGUUAAACAAAUCAAAAUAUAUUUUAGAUUUUAGAUUCUUCAAAGUAGCCACCCUUUGCCUUGAUGACAGCUUUGCACACUCUUGGCAUUCUCUCUCCCAACCCUGGAAUGCUUUUCCAACAUAUGCUGAGUUCCCACAUAUGCUGAGCACUUGUUGGCUGCUUUUCCUACACUCUGCGGUCCAACCCAUCCCAAACCAUCUCAAUUGGGUUGAGGUCGGGUGAUUGUGGAGGCCAGGUCAUCUUAUGCAGCACUCCAUCACUCUCCUUCUUGGUCAAAUAGCCCAUACACAGCCUGGAGGUGUGUUGGGUCAUUGUCCUGUUGAAAAACAAAUGAUAGUCCCACUAAGCGCAAACCAGAUGGGAUGGCGUAUCGCUGUGGUAGCCAUGCUGGUUAAGUGUGCCUUGGACUCUAAAUAAAUCACUGAGUGUCACCAGCAAAGCACCCCCACACCAUAACACCUCUUCCUCCAUGCUUCACGGUGGGAACCACACAUGCGGAGAUCAUCCGUUCACCUACUCUGCGUCUCACAAAGACACGGCUGUUGGAACCAAAAAUCUCAAAUUUGGACUCAUCAGACCAAAAGACAGAUUUCCACCGGUCUAAUGUCCAUUGCUCGUGUUUCUUGGCCCAAGCAAGUCUCUUCUUCUUAUUGGUGUCCUUUAGUAGUGGUUUCUUUGCAGCAAUUCAACCAUGAAGGCCUGAUUCACACAGUCUCCUCUGAACAGUUGAUGUUGAGAUGUGUCUGUUACUUGAACUCUGUGAAGCAUUUAUUUGGGCUGCAAUUUCUGAGGCUGGUAACUCGAUUGAAUUUAUCCUCUGCAGUAGAGGUAACUCUGGGUCUUCCUUUCCUGUGGCGGCCCUCAUGAGAGCCGGUUUCAAAUCAAAUUGUAUUUACCACAUGCGCCAAAUACAACCGGUGUAGAUCUUACAGUGAAAUGCUUACUUACAAGCCAUUAACCAACAAUGCGUUUUUUUUGAAAAAAAAGUAUUAUGUAAAAAAUAGAUCAGUAAAAAAUAAAAAAAAUAUUUAAAGAGAAAUUAAAGAACAUAACGCUUGAUGGUUUUUGCGACUGCACUUGAAAAAACGUUCAAAGUUCUUGAAAUUUUCCGUAUUGACUGACCUUCAUGUCUUUAAAGUAAUGAUGGACUGUAAUUUCUCUUUGCUUAUUUGAGCUUAUUUUAUUUAUUGAUUUUAUUUGUAUUUUUAUUUGAGCUGUUCUUGCCAUAAUAUGGACUUGGUCUUUUACCAAGUAGGGCUAUCUUCUGUAUCCCCCUACCUUGUCACAACACAACUAAGUAAUCCUUCUACCCCUCCCCCCAAAACAAUAAUUAUUGUGAGCUAUGACAUGAUGUAGCUAAUAAAGGAAUUUGAAUAUGUGGCAAGAGAAAAGAUAAUUAGCCUUUAUUAAACUCACCAGAUCAUUUUCCAUCAAUGAAUGUCGAUUUAACUCGUUUGACUGCUAUGAUUAAGCAAUAAGGCACAAGAGGGUAUGGUAUAUGGCCAAUUUACCACAAGUAAGGGCUGUUCAUAAGCAUGACGCAAUGCCUGGAUACAGCUGUUAGUCGUGGUAUAUUGGCCAUAUACCACAAACCCCAGGGGUACCUUAUUAAGCAAUAAGGCCCGAGGAGGUGUGGUAUAUGGCCAAUAUAACACGGCCAAGGGCUGUUCAUAAGCACGAUGCAACUCGGAGUGCCUGGACACAGCCCUUAGCCAUGGUAUAUUAGCCAUAUAUCACAAACCCCCGAGGUGCCUUAUUGCUAUUAUAAACUGGUUACCAACAUAAUUAGAGCGUUAAAAAUAAAUGUUUUGUCUUACCCGUGGUAUACGGUCUGAUAUACCACGGAUAUCAGCCAAUCAGCAUUCAGGGCUCGACCAGGUUUAUAAUUGUAAAUAAAUCAUUUUUGCGAAUGUGCAGAACUAUAGAUAAAUCGGACAGGAGAGUUUGAGUGAUGAAAGUUGGACAGAGGAUCUCAAAAUCUCUGCGCAAGAAACACUUGGACGAACAUAAACUGUUAAGCUAUUUUCUGGCAAUUGUGCUGUUAUUAUGUGCCAGAUGUUAAGAUUACAAACCAUUAUAAAUGGCCCGUUUGCGAGAUCGACUUAUCAUUUAAAUAGGCAAAGGCUACAGACUAAAAUCUGGGUUUAUGAUUGUAAUUCAAUUUUGCCGUGGUUUGCUUAAAGGCAUGUAGCCUAUAGCCCCUGACAGGCCUACAUCUCAUUUCAGAUAGUCUACAGUAGCCUAGACAAUGUAGGAAAGAUGUAAACUGAACGAUUUAGCAGCUUGCUCAAUUCAAAUUAACAGACUAAUUUAUUCAACAUGAACAGCUAGGCUGUUAUGGUAAGAAGUGCUUGUGUUUUCCAAUAGCCUGCUGGAAUAGGCUACUGAGGAUGGCGUCAUCAUUUCAAUCACUGAAUUAAAUGUUAAUAAUAUGUAUAUGAACUGAAUAUGCUUGUCAACAACAGCCAGUGUUGUUUACAUUUUAUUUUUUACCUGUAGCCUAAUCUGACUACUGUUACUUUCAAUCGAAUGCGUUCUAACAACUGAUUGUCAAUUGCGAUAGAGCUUUAAUAACUUCCAAUUUAAUUAACUAAACAUGUCCAUUAAUAGUUGCAUAAUAACACAACAAUAAACUGACGUUAUAGGCUAUUUAUUAAAUUGGUUUGCCAGCUCCAGGUAGGUUACACAAGUGGCACAAAUUGAUUUGCAAUGACUCAACAUAUGUAUUGUAUCAAAUGGUAGCCUACAAUGGCAUAUAAAUUAAUAGGCUACUUGAUGGCCAAAAGAGGCAAAUAUAUCAUUCUCCACAUUUAAUGUCAGUUUCAUUGAGGCCUUUUCCCCCAAAAAGAACCACGCAACGGAGUUCCAUAUAACUUCCAUUUCAAAUUUCCAUUCGGGCAGACCUCCAGACCAAAGAACUGAGCAUGCAUAAAACACUUCGCUUGAUGCCGUUUUCUUUAAGCAAAGUCAACAUUAGAAUGCAGUUUAAACCACCUCCAAGCAAAUGUAUGUAAUGAGCUCUAGUGCGCCCAAAGUUGUUUUCCAGUGCUUUUUCUCCAUUAUUUAUUGAUGUGCAUCAGUUCUAGCAUAUUAAUGUUUUAUGGAAAAAGGGUUGGAAAUAGGUGUCUCCAUAAUGACAAUCUUGCUAAAUAGCCUACCUACAACUGGUAAAAAGUUGUCACGACGUGCGGUCUUGAUUCUCUCACGUGACUCAGCCAAUAGCUGUAGUGCUCUCUCAACACACACACAGCCCUCCGGCCCUCCCCACCACUCACUCACUCAGCAACAGCCUGCCCCACUACCUGACAGUCAGCAGCAUGUCACAGUGAAUUGUAUAUUUAUUAAGAGAAAUGCCAUGGCGGCCGCGGUGCAAAAUAGUAAUAGGCCAAAAUCCCGCAACCCGCGACCAAUGCAUUUUCACCCGUGACAUCGUUUUAAAAGUAGUCCAAUUUGGCUUGAAAACAUGCCAACACUGCGCGAGUCGGCUCGGUCGGUUGGUUGGUUGGUUGGUUGGUUGGUUGGUUGGUUGGUUGGUUACUGUCUCUCCCUCCCUGCUCCCUGUUUCACUUGCUCAGAAUACGUACCCUCCCCCGCCUGCUAGAGAGGUACCUCUCCCCACCUCUUGUGCUUUAUCAGCUCCGUUUUAAUAAAGUAGCUUAAAAAAUCACUUUUCUGUUGCUUUCUUCACUUGGAUCGGAUUGGGUCUGGAUCCGACUGGGUCUAUACGGAACAGGUCUAGUUGUCUUCGGGUCCGUUCAGAACGGGUCUCUAUAUUUAAAAAAUGCAUAUCGGGUUCGGGUGGGAAAUUUGGACCCUUGAAGACCUCUACACCACACAUAAAAUUAUCUGUAAGGUCCCUCAGUCAAGCAGUGAAUUUCAAACACAGAUUCAACCACAAAGACCAGGGAGGUUUGCCAAUCCCUCGCAAAGAAGGCAUCUAUUGGUAGAUGGGUAAACAUUAAAAAGCAGAGAUUGAAUAUCCGUUUGAGCAUGGUGAAGUUAUUAAUUACACUUUGGAUGGUGUAUCAAUACACCCAGUCACUAUAAAGAUGCAGGCUUCCUUUCUAACUCAGUUGCCGUAGAGGAAGGAAAUCGUUCAGGGAUUUCACCGUGAGUCCAAUAGUGACUUUAAAACAGUUAGUUUAUUGGCUGUGAUAGGAGAAAACUGAGGAUGGAUCAGCAACAUUGUAGUUACUGCACAAUACUAACCUAAAUAACAGAGAGAAAAGAAGGAAGCUUGUACAGAAAAUAAUAUUCCAAAACAUGCAUCCUGUUUGCAACAAGACACUAAAUUAAUACUGCAAAAAAUAUGGCGAAGCAAUUCACUUUUUGUCCUGAAUACAAAGUGUUAUAUUUUAGACAAAUCCAAUACAACACAUUACUGAGUACCACUCUCCAUAUUUUCAAGCAUAGUGGUGGCUGCAUCAUGUUAUGGGUAUGCUUGUAAUCGUUAAGGACUAGGGAGUUUUUCAGGAUAAUAAAUAAACGGAAUGGAGCGAAGCACAGGCAAAAUCCUAGAGGAAAACCUGGUUCAGUCUGCUUUCCACCAGACACUGGUAGAUGAAUUCACCUUUCAGCAGGACAAUAACCUAAAACACAAGGCCAAAUCUACACUGGAGUUGCUUACCAAGAAGACAGGGAAUGUUCCUGAGUGGCUGAGUUACAGUUGUGACAUAAAUCUAAUUGAAAAUCUAUGGCAAGACCUGAAAAUGAUUGUCUAUCCAUGAUCAACAACCAAUUAGACAGAGCUUGAAGAAUUUUGUAAAGAAUAAUGGGCAAAUGUUGCAGAAUCCAGGUGUAGAAAGCUCUUAGAGACUUACCAAGAAAGAUUCUGUAAUCGCUGCCAAAGGUGAUUCUAACAUGUAUUGACUCAUGGGGUUAAAUAGAUUGUUGACAAAAAAUGACAAACUCCAAGCGGGCUGUCAUGUGCCUUUUACUGAGGAGUGGCUUCCGUAUGGCCACUCUACCAUAAAGGCCUGAUUGGUGGAGUGCUGCAGAGAUGGUUGUCCUUCUGGAAGGUUCUCCCAUCUCCACAGAUUAACUCUGGGGCUCUGUCAGAGUGACCAUCGGGUUCUUGGUCACCUCCCUGAACAAGGCCCUUCUCCCCCGAUUGCUCAGUUUGGCCAGGCAGCCAGCUCUAGGAAGAGUCUUGGUGGUUCCAAACUUCUUCCAUUUAAGAAUGAUGGAGGCCACUGUGUUCUUGGGGACCUUCAAUGCUGCAGAAUGUUUUUGGUACCCAUCCCCAGAUCUGUGCCUCGACACAAUCCUGUCUCGGAGAUCUACGGACAAUGGCUUGGUUUUUGCUCUGACAUGCACUGUCAACUGUGGGACCUUAUAUAGACAAGUGUGUGCCUUUCCAAAUCAUGUCCAAUCAAUUGAAUUGACCACAAGUGGACUCCAAUCAAGUUGUAGAAACAUGUCAAGGAUGAUCAAUGGAAACAGGAUGCACCUGAGCUCAAUUUCGAGUCUUAUAGCAAAGGGUCUGAAUACAUGUAAAUAAGGUAUUUCUGUUUAUAAUUUUUAAUACAUUUGCAAACAUUUCUAAAAACCUGUUUUUGCUUUGUCAUUAUGGGGUAUUGUGUGUAGAUUGCCAAUUAUUUAUUUUUUAAAUCCAUUUUGGAAUAAGGCUGUAACGUAACAAAAUGUGGAAAAAGUCAAGGGGUCUGCAUACUUUCCGAAUGCAGUGUGUGUAUAUAUAUAUAUAUAUAUAUAUAUAUAUAUAUAUAUAUAUAUAUAUAUAUAUAUAUAUAUAUAUAUAAUUAAAUAAAGAAAUUAAGAAAUAUAAAUAUCAGAACGAGCAAUGUCAGAGUCCGAAAAAAUAUAUAAUAUACACUACCGUUCAAAAGUUUGGGGUCACUUAGAAAUGUCCUUGUUUAGACAUUGUUAAUGUUGUAAAUGGCUAUCUACAUAGGCGUACAGAGGCCCAUUAUCAGCAACCAUCAGUCCUGUGUUCCAAUUACAUUUACAUUACAUUUGAGGUUUACAUUUACAUUUUAGUCAUUUAGCAGACACUCUUAUCCAGAGCGACUUACAGUUUAGUGAGUGCAUACAUUUUCAUACUGGCCCCCCGUGGGAAACAAACCCACAACCCUGGCGUUGCAAGCGCCAUGCUCUACCAACUGAGCUACAAGGGACCAAUGGCAUGUUAUGUUUGCUAAUCCAAGUUUAUCAUUUUAAAAGGCUAAUUGAUCAUUAGAAAACCCUUUUGCAAUUAUGUUAGCACAGCUGACAACUGUUGUGCUGAUUAAAGAAGCAAUACAACUGGCCUUCUUGAGACUAGUUGAGUAUCUGGAGCAUCAGCAAUUGUGGGUUCGAUUACAGGCUCAAAAUGGCCAGAAACAAAUAACUUUCUUCUGAAACUCGUCAGUCUAUUCUUGUUCUGAGAAAUGAAGGCUAUUCUAUGCGAGAAAUUGCCAAGAAACUGAGGAUCUUGUACAACGCUGUGAACUACUUCACAGAACAGCGCAAACAGGCUCUAACCAGAAUAGAAAGAGGAGUGGGAGGCCCCGGUGCACAACUGAGCAAGAGGACAAAUACAUUAGUGUCUAGUUUGAGAUACAGAUGCCUCACAGGUCCUCUAACAGGUCUGUGAGAGCCGGAAUUCUUACUGGUUGGUAGGUGAUCAAAUACUUAUGUCAUGCAAUAAAAUGCAAAUUAAUUACUUAAAAAUCAUACAAUGUGAUUUUCUGGAUUUUUGUUUUAGAUUCCGUCUCUCACAGUUGAAGUGUACCUAUGAUAAAAAUGACAGACCUCUACAUGCUUUGUAAGUAGGAAAACCUGCAAAAUCGGCAGUGUAUCAAAUACUUGUUCUCCCCACUGUAAGUAGUUGUGUAUGAUUGUUAGUGUCUUGUCGUGUACUCGCUCUUUGUUGUUCUCUUGCUCAGUGUUAAGUAAACCUUUACAUUGUUGAUUCCUGUGUCUGCGUCCUGCCUCUUCGUAUCCUCAGUACUCGUCACAUAUUAGGUAUACUGCAUUGUUGGAGUUAGAAACAUAAGCAUUUCGCUGCACCUGCGAUAACAUCUGCUAAAUAUGUGUAUGCGACCAAUUCAGUUUUAUUUGAUUUGAUUUAUAGACCACGUGAAUAUAGACCACAUUAAUACAAUUCAAUAAAACUUGCAAAGUGCCAAAAUUCAGCAUUUUGACAUGACCGUCUGUGCAGCCUCUGACUUCUAGGAAGAUUUUACCCCACUUAACCCCAACAUAUCUCCAAAGCCCUAGUUAUUUUGUUACUUUGAAAAAGUCAUUUCUGAAGAUUAUUAUUAUUUAUUUCAUGUGAUUAGUGACUGAUCUAAUCACAUGGAAUGUCUGUCCCUAAUUUUAAUGUCAACCAUGUUAUGUGAACUGAACUCUCGUUUUAAUAUGAUGAAACUAUUCCUUUUAAAAUAUUUUUUUUCAAAAGAAACAUUGAACAUUAAUAGUCAAAUCAUAGUGUAAGAGCAGGUGAACUGGUUCUACACUUUUUGGUCAUUUCUGGUGUUUUGUUUUGUUCAACUGAAUGGGUCGAGCAUAACGCAUCAACUCCCUGUUACCCAUAGCUAGACAGGCUACAAAUGUUUUAUCAAUUAUUAUUUUUUUUUUACGCUUGCAUUCAAUUGCCUCUUCCUGUUGCACAAAACAAGCUUCCAUUCCCCAUGUCAAGAGGGGAUUUAUGGGUGAUUUAAGAUUAAAUCGUCAACCCUGUUAUGGUCAACUCUGUGACAUUUAUUUGGCACUUAUUAUAGUUAUUUUUUUAUUUAAACUCUUGAUGGGAAAAUGUGUUUUUUAUUAAGUUGAACAUGUGCUCUUUAUGACAGAAUGUACAGAUUUUGUGAAAUAUUUAUUAUUUUGAUGAAGGUAUAUUACCCAAAAGGUAUACUCAUUUGGUGGAACAACCCAGAUAACAAUUAUCUCCAGAUUUAAAUAUGUUUGUCACAUUUCUUUAGAAAAAAUCUGUUUUGUUACGAGUCAUGGCCAGUCGAGCGUGAUUUGUUGACAGCUUCAUGACAACUGUUAGUCAUUCUAAAGGCAUACAUGUCUUCUCAUUUCAGGAAUGUUGACAAUCACAGACUUCAUCAUCAUAUUACACAGAUACUACAAGUCACCGUUGGUAAGUUUGAGAGGACAAACCCAUUUGCAAUAUGUUUUUUCAACAUGUGAAACCUAUGAUGGAUUUCUGUAUUUCUGUAGUUUAUUCUUUAGAUAUCAAUAUAGUUGUAUUGUUUAUAGGUGCAAAUAUAUGAGUUGGAAGAUCAUAAGCUUGAGACAUGGAGAGGUAUGUAAUAAGCUUUGGAUUAUAUUAUGACAUUAAAUUACAUGUACAGAACAUUGAACUCACAUAGUUUUUACUCUGCACAGAAGUAUAUUUGCAAGAGACAUUCAAACCUUUAGUGAACAUAUCACCUGAAUCAAGGUAAGUUGUUACUGCAUAACAAUGGCUAUUAUACAGUUGUGAAUGUGUGUAUGUCUGUGUGCCAUGAAUGUGGUUUGAAUAUACAUACCUGCAAAGAAAACACCUGCAUUUUCUUUUAAUUUGCAUUUUAUGUCUGUCUGUCUUUGAAGCAUAUUUGAUGCAGUGUAUUCCCUCAUCAAAAACAAGAUCCACCGUCUGCCUGUCAUCGACCCUGUUACGGGAAACCCACUUUACAUCCUCACACACAAGAGGAUCCUCAAGUUCCUACAGCUCUUUGUAAGUCUAAAACCAUGACUAACAACCUGACGUUAGGUUUUAUGAUAAUACACACUAGUCCUAUUGGGGAAGAAUAUAAGAAAAACUGUCUUUCUUGAAACAAUAAACUGACAAGUCUGCUUUUACUUGAACACUGCCCUCUAGUGGAUUUGGAGAAGGUGAAUAGAAACUGAAAGUGUCUCUCGCUCUCUCUCUGUUGUGUUGUUCCAGGUGCGUGAGAUGCCCAAGCCAGCCUUUAUGAAGAAAACUCUAGGGGAGUUGGGCAUCGGUACCUACAAGAACAUAGCCUUCAUCCACCCUGACACACCCAUCAUCAAGGCCCUGCAGAUCUUCGUAGAGAGGAGGGUGUCUGCCCUGCCCGUGGUGGACGUAUCUGGUACGUGUUACUUUGACAACUGUUGUUUAAAGAUAAUUUACAGGUCCAUUUGAUUGAUUUAGAUUCAGUUUAACUCUCGUGGUGAAGCCUAAUGGUUAUGUUUCAAUCUCCUCACAGGGAAAGUGGUGGAUAUUUACUCCAAAUUUGAUGUCAUAGUAAGUGAUGAUUUUCUAAAUAUUGAUGAUCUUAAUACAGCUUGAUAAUCACGUGUCUUCCCCUCAACAAUAUAUCGUGAAUGUUUUCCUUCAAAAAGCCAUCCUUAUGAGUGUGUCUAUGUAUCGUGUGUAGAACCUGGCAGCAGAGAAGACGUAUAAUAACCUGGACAUCACAGUGACCCAGGCUCUGAGGCAUCGCUGCCAGUACUUUGAGGGGGUCAUGCAGUGCCACAAGCUGGAUACGUUGGAGACCAUCGUGGACAGGAUUGUCAAAGCAGAGGUGAGUUCUAACACACUUGCCUCUCUUCCUCUCUCUUUCUCUUUCUCUCUAACUUUGUGUGUGUGUGCAUGUGUCCCUGUGUGUGUGUGUGUCAGGUCCAUCGGUUGGUGGUGGUGGAUGAUCGCUCAGCCAUCGAGGGCAUCAUCUCCCUGUCUGACAUCCUGCAGGCACUGGUGCUCAGCCCAGCAGGUAUAGACGCUCAGCAUUCCAAACCACCCUCAUCCUACACCUGGACCCUGAGCUCCCCACCCUGUCCUGCCCCGCCCCGUACUUCUCACACAGGUAGGACACAAACACACACUCUGGCCCUUGCUGGUUGGCACCCACAUGCGGAUGGCACGUGCCUGUGCCCAUGAGCCGUAUCCUGUAUGCCAGCUCGUUAUGGUGUAGUGUGGGCUUGUCUGUGUGUCUGUGUCCUGUGUCCUGACUCCGGGCCAUGUCCUGUCCUCUCCUCCUACCCUCAGAUUCAAAUAGAAGAACAUUAA